CCCAGGUAGGGACCUACAGCGGGCGCGGCGGCGGCGGCGGCGGCGGGCUGCAGCCGGCGGUGUAGACGCCCCUUCGCUGGGACCUUGCACGGGGGACAGGCCGGCCGUUUUAAGAAGCCCCCGGACGUCCCCGGGCGACAGCGAUGUAAUCUCGGUGUGCCCGCGCCUUCCCGUCCUCGCGCCCGCGAGGUUAGGUGUGGACUCGCCCUGGAUAAUGGGUGCCAUCGGUGGGAGCGUGCCAACAAUAAACUUGAAAACCAGACUGGCAUUGUCUUUCCUUGGGAGCGUGCGAGUGUGUCCAGGGAUGGGCUUAUGCAUUGAGGACCUUGGGGGUCUUUUGUUGGGAGAAAGUGUUAAGGAGGGACAGGUGGAUAAAUGGUGAUGGUCUGAAUUGUUGCAGAUGCUGAUGUCGUUCUUUGUGGGCCCUCCCCAUCCCAACCUGCCCUUUUUAUCUUGUUGCCUUUGGGGUCUAGGGAUGUUGAAGGUCAUAUAAACUAUGUGGGGUUCAAAAGAAUGCAAGUUUCUUAACUGGAAAGGGAAAGCCAAGGAGAGAAUAAGGAAAAAAAACACUUAAGUCCUUAUAUAUAAGUUGGAUUUUUAGUGUAUCCCAUUCAAAUAACCCUGACUUUAAAAACUGGGAUAAUGAACGAUUUGUCAACGUAACCUUUAAAAAAUAGUAAAGUGGAAUACUGAGCACUAUAUCUUGUUUAAAAAUAGAAAUCUACUCAGCUAAACUGUAAUGUUGUGUUAGAAUCCUUAAAACGUUGUCCCUAAAUUUAGAAUUGAAAUCACCAAGAAUUAAGACAUACUUUAGUCUCUAGAAUCUUGACUAUUUUUCCUGUAGAAGAGCAGAGAGAGAGAGAAUGGGAAUGUGUCUCUUUAUUUUUCUCUGAGUCACAUAUGCAGAGUUCAACCCAGCCUGUAACGUGUGUUCACAAUAGGAAAUACCAACCGAGCGUGCAGAAAAUACUAUUUAGAAACCAAUGUUGUAUACCAUAGACUCUCUAAGUAGAAUACAAAUAAAAUGUUUGUUUUUUUAAAUUGUAUGAUAUUGAUACCUUUAACCUAGGGUGCAUUUUUUUCAAAAACAGUAUCUUAGAUCAAAUAUAGCCUUGGAAAAUAAUACAUUUGUAUGUAUCCAGUUUUGUUAUGCUGAUAACAUCCAUUGCAAGUGCAACUCAGAAAAAGACAAAGGAGAGCAUUACUUUAUUGGGAUUACUCCCUUUAUGUGUUUUGCCAAACUUAAGAAGGUUUUAAAAAGGCAAAAUGGUAAUUUAAAAAAAGAUCAUACUUCAAUCUCUCCAGGUCUGUUUGCCUUUAAGUAAAGGAAUCUAGGCCAGUUUUUGUGCAACAGGAAGAACAAAGAAUAUUUUUCUUAUUAUCACUAUGAAGGCUUCCAUUUCUUUCAUUUACUCUUUCAACCAAUAAACAUGUUAUAUGUCUUCCUUGGCCAAGCCCAUUGCUAAUGAUUAUAAUAAACAAGGUUCUCCAGAGAGAGAGGGUUUUCCCAGUCUUGAUUUUUCUCAAACUGCCUGUUGUCUACUAGAAUUUCUAUGUGAACCCAGCCAACUGCAAUUUCCAGGAUUCAUCCUUGGAGUGAAAGCAACUACAGUUCAUCCAGUCUAGACAUUUUCAUCAUGAAGUGGGGGUGGGGAGGCAUUAGAAUCACCUGGGAAGAAUUUUAAACCACAUCCCAGGAAAAGAGUGAUCUGAUUAGGAAUCCUUUUUUCUUUUUUUUAAAUAAAAACUUCUGGGUGACUUUGCCAUAUACCCCUGCUUGAGAAGCAUUUCUGGGGCUCAUUCCCCUUAAUUUUCAAUACAUCCUGAAAAACCAAGGCUGUGCCAGUCCAGGACUUAAAACCAAGUGUGUGGCUUCUGUUGCAGGCCUCUCUGCAGCACCUUGCUGCCACCCAGAGUUCUGAGUGGAGAAGCCUACCACGGCCUGAAGUUGUGAAACCGAUAGCACUUGGCAUCUGAGAAGAGGACUAAAGGGGAAGGAAGAGCCCAUGGACUUGCCAUGUUUUUGUUAUAGAUCUGCAGCUGCAAGGCUCCAGUCAGGAAAUAAGAACAGUGAUCAAGUGGCAACAGAUCCCGACUGUCAUGUCGGUUUACAGCCUCACACAGUAGGGUAGCAGAAAACAAAGAAUUUAGAUUGGACACUGGCUACUGCUGUUCACCAUCUGUGUGACCUCAGAAAAGCCAUAUAACCUCUCCAGACCUACUAUCUUGGAAGAAGCAGAUAAUUGAAGGCUGGCUUUGAGAAGUAUCAAGUGUUGCCGGAAAUAUCAGAAAAUUGAAAGCAAUCAUAUUUUGUGAUCCUGUACCUACUGUGGCAGUAUAUAAAAAAAGAAUAAGUGUGUACCCAGGAACUAGCUGCUCCUCUACCAAUCACAAACUGUAUUGAAAGAUGCCUCCUAAGGAUUUUAUCUUGUGAAAUCUUCUGAAUUUCAGUCAGCUAUUUUUAGAAAUGCAGAUAAAGAAGAUGAAGGAUAUUGGACAGCAGUUAUAUACUACACAAGUGAAUGGUGGACAUAAUUCCUUGACCAUGUCACCCAAACAACCUGAUGCUAAUGGAGCACCUCGACCAGAUAGACAGGAAGUGCAAACUCUUUUGUAUCAAGGCUCAGAGGCAGAGGCUGCCAUGAUGACCAUUGCUACAUGUGUAAAGUGCAAAAGUGUUCACAAAAUCCCGCUUCAAGAUUUGAAAAAGGGUAUGGGUAUGGGGCAAAGCCAGAAGGAAGACAUAUAUGUCUGCUUCAAAUGCAAACUCGGUGUGGCCCCUCCCAAUUUCCAUUUUGUGAACAAUAAUCCUAGUGCUACUCAUGUCGGAAAUAAAACUGAAACCGUUUCAAGUUCUGUCAAUAAUAAAUUUAAGGUAAGGAACUUUAAGCCAGGCAAAUAUUAUUGUGAUAAAUGUCGAUUUUCCACAAAGGAUCCUCUGCAGUACAAAAAGCACACACUUCAACAUGAAGAGAUUAAAUUUAUUUGUUCUCACUGCAGCUACAUUUCAUAUACAAAAGGAGAGUUUCAGAGGCAUUUGGUGAAACACACAGGCAUAUUCCCUUAUCGAUGUGAGUAUUGUGACUAUGGUGCUAUUAGAAAUGAUUACAUUGUCAAACACAGGAAGAGAGUCCAUGAGAGGGCUGGUGCAAAACGGCCACCUAAAACUACUGCCAAGCUGGAGCCGAAAAGAGCCAGCACUUCAAAACAAAACACAGAGCUUUUGAAAGUUUCUAAUCCAAAGACUGCAUUUCAAAAUAAGUUAUCAGAUCAACUUUCAAGGUUCUCUCUCCAUGCAAAUAAAGACAAAAUGCACAAUAUCAUGUUGUUACCUGAACCAAAGGAAUACCAAAAAGAUGUAGUGUGCAUCCCAAAUAAAAUGGCCCUGUCUGAGCAAAAUGAAGUCAACCUGUUUGAGAACAAAAAUGUUGAAGUAGAAGUGUUAUCUCCUGCAAAAGAACCAGUUCAGCCUGGUAUGCCAUUAACAGUUGUGGCACCAGCAGAACUAGUUGUCCCUGCAAACUGUUUAGCUCAGUUGAUAGAUGUGAAGGUUGUCAAUGGUACACAGCAGGUGGUUCUGAAACUGUUUCCGCUGGAAGAAAAUAAUUCCCAUGAAGCCAGCAGGGGUGAUGGAGGUAAUUUUGAGCGUAUGACUAAAGAGAAGGGUUCAAUUGAACAAGAAAAAUUAGUUUCUGCAGAAAAAACAAAGUCAAUAACAAUUGAAGGGAAUGUUGGAAAACUUGUAGGCAUUGAUAAUCUUCAAUCUUCAGUUCAGAAACAAUUUAAAAAUGUGAAAUGGGUAAGGUCUUAUGAUUUUUUCAUGUCGGACUCUAAUGUUCACAAACAUGUAGAAUCCUUUCUCAAUUCUGAAAGAGUUGAGGAUUUACAGAAAAAAAAUAAUUUAUAUCCACAUAGAACUUCUCUUCCUUCCAUUGCCUUAAAAGGUCGUUCACCAGCAUCUGUAUUAAAAAACAGUGUUUUAUGUGGUCUUGGAGGUGCAUCAAACCCUUUUCCAUAUAAAGCUGCUGUUUCUUUUGCUGAGGAUGGAAGAAGUUUACCCAGUGACUCACAGCAGUUACUCCCUCUUGCUGCAUCACCUGCAACCAUUUCCUUCUCUGGAGAAAAGGGCUUAUUGCCUAUAAGUGAAAAUGACUUGGAAUCUAGAAGUAACAUCAGUUUUCCUGUAAAAAUGGUUUCCUCUAAUGGGAAGCUGGAAAAUAACCAGACAGAGGAACACAAGGCAGUUUCAAAUAUAGGCCAGAUGUCCUCUCAACAUAAAAGUGAGUAUUUACACCUAAAUAUGACUGGAGAAGAUAGAAUUAGAUCUCAACAAUCUGUGGAUAAGCCUUUGGAAUUAAAGAAUUCCGAAAAGACUAAUGACGCUUUUGAUGGCCCUGUCAUCUCAUCAGUAUUUUCUCUAAGUUCUGGAUCUGAAAAUGUCCCUGAGGGUGUUAAAUGGAAUAGUUCAACAUCUAAAAUAAAGUCAAUUGAACUCUUGCGCAGAAAGAUAGCUCAGUUAAUUGAAUCCUGUGGCAAGCCUUCAUCUCUGGGUGCAAACAGUGCACAUCGUCGUCGUUCUGUAGGACAGGCAUCAAAGGUAACUUCAAAAGCUACUCCUGAAGGUAUUCAAGAAAUUAAUGUGUCAUUCACUGGCCCUGGUCAUUCCAUGGGUAUUCUCCAGAAGCCUCAGAAUGAUGGUGGUAUUACCAGUAAUGGACACUUUACUCAUCAGCAAAUGUAUCCACAGUUUGUAGAUGGCAUUGAUGGAAAAACUGAAAGCAGAGUGACCAGAAAGCCUCAUGUUGCCACUCCAGUGUUGAUCCCCAAAGGAGCUGUGUUGAGGGUUCUCAAUUCCUCUGAGGAUGCCCACAUCAUAGAGGCUACAUGUGAAGCGCCUGUCAACAUACCUUGCAAUAAAACACAGUUAAUAAAACCGCUUCCAUUCUGCUCUGUGAAACAGACCGACUCAGUCAUACAGCCUUUGACAAGUGAAAGUGGGCCAAUAGACAUGUCCCAAAAUCUUGAGACAUCUUUUCGGCUUAAACCAAGAAAAGACAGUGCUAUCUAUAGCAUCACCCCUAAAAAAACUGGCCUGCUGUAUGGACAGCCAGGAAGCAGUGAAUUGGGGAGGCAAGGGAAACUACUUUCCAGAAAUCUUUCUAUAGCUAGAAAUAAAACCAAACAAGUAAACUUAUCCAAGAAGAAAAACAAGAUUCAGGCUGACUCGAACCGCUGUCUCAAGGAUCCUUCAAUUUUUCAGGUUGCAAGACAACUUCGACUAAUAGCAGCUAAGCCAGAUCAAUUGAUUAAAUGCCCCCGUCGGAACCAGCCAGUCAUUGUGUUAAACCAUCCUGACGUUGACUCACCAGAAGUGACCAAUGUGAUGAAGGUAAUAAAUAAAUAUAAAGGCAAUGUCCUCAAAGUUGUUUUAUCAGAGAGGACUAGGUGUCAGCUUGGCAUCAGACGGCACCAUGUCCGGCUCACGUACCAGAAUUUGGAGGAAGCCAACCAAAUUAAAAGGCAAAUGAUGUUGAAAAUGAAGCUUAAAAAAGUUCAUAAAAACAACUACCAAGUGGUAGAUUCUUUGCCUGAUGAUUCAUCACAGUGUAUAUUUAAGUGCUGGUUUUGUGGGAGGCUAUAUGAAGACCAGGAAGAAUGGAUGAGUCAUGGUCAGCGGCAUUUAAUAGAAGCAACUAGAGACUGGGAUGUGCUUUCUUCCAAGGGCAAAUAAGUAAAAAAUUGUUCUUUGAAGCAAGUUAUUUUUCUUUUAGUUUAUUCUGGUUUGGGCUGCCCCUGUGCUCCCUGCCUCCCCCAGAUUCAAUAGGAGAAAUACAGACUGUAGAAAUGAGAGCAUCACUAGUUCUUCAAAUCCCCUGCAAGAAUAUUGAGAGCCAGUGGUCUGAACCUGAAAUAUGUGACUGGACCUUGAAUGUAUAUGAUGUUCCUGAAAUUGUACACACAAAUUGAUGUAUAUGCAUUUAUCUGGAGAGAGGAAGUGAAACUUUCAACAAAUUUUCAGUGGCAUCUGAGAUCUCUCUUUGUUUAGCACCCCUUUCUCUGAGUAGAUAAAAAUUUCUUGUCAUCCAUCCAGAGGGGCAAAUUGAGAAUGUUUCACACAUACUCUUUAUAUAAAUGCUACUGAAGGAUUAAACCUAUGUUUUGGCAUGCACAUCCACUUUGUUCUUGCUUUAACUUGUCUCUUGGAUAUUUGAUACGGAAUGGAAAGUAUAUUUUUUACUUUAUUAACUAUUUUAAAUUUGGUUAUAGAAAAAUGGCCAUUCUUUUUAAUCUGUCUCCCACUCUAUAAUACUCAUAAGUGUUCCACAUAGCACAGAGAGUUUUGCUGUUCUUGGCCGUUUUAAAGAAUAUUUCCAAGAACUUGCCUGAACUUCUUCAACAACACGUGUUAGGAGAAGAAAGGUAGUAUUUUCAAAUAUUUACCUUUUACUUUGCUUUAAAAUACCUUGAUUUAUGACAAUUGGGUAGAGAAUGUGCCUUUGGGGGGGGGAGAUGGUUAUAGUAAAAAAAUAUCUAAAAUUAAGUCUUUGUCCUUAGCUCUCCCACAAACAUAAAUCAAAUGGCCAAUUAAAAUGUGAGGAAACAGGCAUCUUACAGCAUAGAUAAACUGGGGAAGACAAUUCAAGGUGAGCUUGUAAUGAAAGUUGUGAAAGGAGUUUCAUGUGACUUGUAGUUUUCAUUCGAGACUCAUCCAGAGACUGGACAGACGCUGCCUACUGUUCCCAUCACUGUGAGUCACAGACACUGCUCCUCAGGGCAGGUCCUAGCUCCUUUUGCCACUUUUUUCUCAACAGGAUGUCUUAUGCACUAGGACAGCUUCCUUGCUCAGUUCAAUCUCUUCCCUUCUGUGGUGUUGAAGCUCCUUACUAUUUUCCCUCAUGAAACUACUAGAAACUGGCAGCAUCAACAAAAUGGGAACCUCCCACUGUCUUUCCUAAAAUUAUAGGAACAGGAAUCCCUGGUUUUCAUUGAUAGUAGGAAUCUGCUUCUAAUUUCUCUUAACCACAGUCAUGCUUUCCCUGCCACUUAGCCUGCCUUCCUGGGAAGCAGCUCUUGAGAAUACUCCUUCUAGUACCCCUCUCUGCCAAGAGAUCUCAGGACUGUCCUGAUGUGCACAGCACCUUUGUGUACUUUAGAAAAAAGUCCCCAGACACACACGGGCACAGCUUUUUGGGCAGAUACAUGGCUUGGCAAAUGCAGCUCAAGAGUGGAUUUUAGUCCUCACUUGCCCAAGUAUCCUGGCACCAGCCUUCAUGCAGAACACAAAUAGCACAGCACAGCCCAAUUCUCCUUUGCCUCCCUUCAGGGACUGUUCCUGCCUUAGGGGACUUACGAGGUACAAUGAAUGAAACUGGGGGGCUGUUACAUCUGAAAAAAAGACAUAGUGAUUUCUCUUAUUGAGUAGGCAGCUGGAAACUUCCUGAUUUUUUUUUCACAUAGAAAGGUCUUAGAUUAUCUUCCAAUAAAUGGAAUUGUAACCCCGUUGUAGUUCUCAUUACAGAUAAUCAACAUUUCUUAUGUAUAAUUCAAUACAUGAUCAUUAAGUUGGUUAAUUUUUAUUGAAAUUUAAAACUUGCAUUUUAUAUAUGUGUAUAUAUGUAUGUGUACACAUAAAUAUUUUUUACCAUAUGAAAAUUGCAGUAGCUAAUUUUCUGGCUUCCUAUUUUAUAACAAUAUGUGGGCUAGAAAAAUUUAAAACGUUUUUAUAUUCUAGAAACAAUUUAUUUUGGAAGCACAUUUUUAUAAUGGUCUGAAUUCAUUCUUAGAAAAUGAAAGCACAGUAAGUGAUGGGGUCUGCUUCAUGUGAACAAACAGGAAUAAAAACCCCUGUGUAUCAUUUUAUUACAGCAUUUAGUCCUUGUGCAUUUUUAUUUGGUGCUUUUUGGGAAAUGGAUCUUGGAUGCCAUUUCACUACAUAAAGAAGCAUUCUGAAGUUUUACCCAUGUUACAGAUUUGUACUCUUCCAGCAUGAAAGAAAGCUCCCAAGACAUGGAGAAGAGGAGAGAAGAAGAAAAAGCUGUGAUGUAUCUUUUUUGAUUUUUGUAAUAAGUUUUUCUCCUUCUAUACCUCACCACUUAGUAGCUUUUUCCUGAAAAGCUAGACUGAGACUUGGCCAGGAAUCAGGUCAGUGUUAAGUGUCAAUAUAUUUACACUUUGCGCAUCAGCUAUUUUUCAUGUAUUAUUCUAAAACACAACUUACAUACUUUGGAGGUUAAUUUUGUGAGUAGAAUAUGUAGCAAAAUUUGGGGGGAUUUUCAGAACUAUCAUACCUUUUAAGGAAUUAAAAUUGUCCCUGGAAGUCAUUAAAUGGAAAAGCAAAAAGUAGCUGUCUUCCCUGAAUAAAGAGCUUUAGACAAUAGCUUAACAUGUAGGUAUAUGUUGUGAAAUAAAGACAUUUCUAACAAAAUUGGAGGGGGUAGGGGCAGAGCUGUGUUGAGUAUUUGUGUGCUUUUACCUUGAUCUUGAAAGACCUCUGGUCACUAUGUUUUGUUAGUACUACUAAUAAAAUUAUUUUAAACCUCUUUUUUAAAGUAGACUUUUUUUGGGGAGAUUAGAAAUCAGCUUUUUAUAUUUAUGAUAUGGACAAAUAGACUAAAACAUUUAAAAAGAACCACUGACUCAGAGCAUACUCUGAUAGAUUAUAUGUUAAUCAAAUUUUUAUCACCAGUCCAAAACAUUUUAUAAGCCCCUAUUAAUGGGCCAAGUGCUAUUUGUUGAACUAAAUUGAAUACAUUAAGUUUCAAAAGUUCUAUCCCUUUUUCUUUAGGACAUAUUUAAGCCAUCCCAGAAAAUGAACAUGUAAUGCUGCUUGGCCUUUGGAAUAAUUUUUAAACCCAUAAAUGUCUAUAUGAGCAGAAAACAAAACUUUGUGUACCGUGUGUUAAGCAUUAUUGUAAUUCUUGUGUUAACAGUUUGUGUGUCUGCUGCUCUGAUUUUGAAACACAUUUGUAUAUCGAUAUAGAAGUUGGCGUAAAUUUUGUUAAAUAAAGCAACUGUAAAAUUUUCUCUGCUCUUUCAUUUCAAA